GGGAAGCCCACUUUCCCCCUCCCCCCAAAACCCUAGCCGCCCCCUCUCUUAAGACCCCUUGUGGGCAGCCGCCCCCCUUCCCCCCUUUGGCCGUCACCCUCCCCCCCUCUUCCCUCUUCUCUCUUCCCCAAGUGCUGCAGCCGCCCCCUCUCCAUUCUCAAGUUUUUUUGCAGCAGCCAUCUCCUCAACCCUAGCCGCCACCCCCCCAUCUCCUCUUCUCCAAGUGUCGUUCUUCCUCGUCGGACCUUCUUCGUGUGGGUGCAAGUUUCAAUUGGAGAAUUGGUGGGAGGAAGUAAGGAGGAAAAAGGUGGAACUCAAGGUGGUGGACUUCCGGAUCGUACUUAGGGAUUUGCCCGAACUUCCGGUAAAGGCAAGUAAAUAUAGUGGUGGUUGCUACCGUUUGGUUUGCAUCCUAUUCCCUGUCAUUGAGUAUGCAUAAGUUUUAAUUAUGUUAAUCAUUGAAUUCUAUGAUGAAGUUUAUUUGUUUGGAAGUAUUAAUUCUCAAAUGUCUAAUAUUGUGGAUGAUCAUAAUUUGGUUAUGAUAUAUGUGGUUGAUUCCCAUCUUGGAUGAAGUUGAAGUAUCUUUUUGAAUCACGUUAUAUGAAGUGUUGUAGGCAUGACAUGCACAUCGCAUCAUCCAUCUUGCAUUUUGAAGUUAUGUCGUGAUCUUAUGGUCCGACCGUACCGGUACAUUUUUAGCAUCGUACGUUGCCCGAGGAGGGGUAUGAUGCGGCUUCAUAUCCUUAGAGGUAUGAAGGCAGAAGUCAUCCUUGCAUUUGCAGACAUUUACACUCAUGAGGUAUAUAUGAAGUGUGAUAUUACUAUGUUACUAUUGUGGUUUCUACCUGCGAGGUGUGGUGACUAGGUGUGUUGUACGUUGUAUACGUGCUGCACCGUCGUAAUAAGAAAGUUGUGGAAUCAAGUGGUGGUAAAACAAUGUCCUUAUGUGGUUAAACAGUUUGAUAUUAUUUUACUUGCUGAGAUGUGUCAUCUCACUCUUGCAUUACUCAAUGUAGGUACUUGAUACAUGUUGGGAAUGAGGGGAGUAGCAGCACGUCCACUUUCACUCUCACAAUAACGCUGCCCAGGCGCAGCCAUGAUUUAAUUAGAAACUUAUUGUCAAAGGAAGUUUGUUUCUUUUAACUAGUCGUGCGCACUAGUUAAUUCAGUUCAUAUCGUAUGUUUAACUUCUCUUUGCUAGCCGAUUAAUAAUACUUAGUAUGUUUUUGUCAUGAUAUAUGUUUAUACACUGUUGCCCCCCCCCUCAUUUAUGCAAUUUUGCAAAGGGGAUGCUGCCGAAAUUUUAUAUAUGGAUGUCAGAAGUGUUGUUCAGUAGCAUUCCGGGUGUGUUUGUGGACCCCAGGGUGUUAUAGUUCUGGAUGCUAUUUUACAAUCCACUAAGUUGCCCACUAUUGCUACUACUGAGGUUUCUGAUGAUAAAAUUGAAGAUGCAAGGUAAGUAGCCACUGCAAGCGAUUCUUUUAUUCAUGCUAAAUCAGAGCCUUCGGGAGCUACGCUAGUAGAGCUGGCGAAAGAAAAUCUUCUAGAAAAGCCCAGGACACCUGCUCCCGAAGCACCACCCCAGGGUGAUUUGGACUACAUUGUUCGACAUGCUUCAGGAAAACAGGUAUCAGGAGAUCAAAUUGCCAAAGUGCAACACUAUGCUAAGGAGCUGAAAUACCCCCAAGGGUCCUUGGUAUACGGAGGAGACAACGAGGAUGACUUCCUUUACUGUCUACCUGACAGUAAAGAGAUCAAUGUUUGCCGUGAAAUGAUGGACAACAUGGGGUAUCCAAAGGUUGAGCUUGGUCUGUCUGUAAUGACGAAGGAUCAGCCUCGCUUACAAUAGCUUGAGGGUUUGUAUACUUUGGCUUGUCAUUUUGUAAUUUUUGUUAUGGUGAACUAUUUUUGUGGUAAUUCUUAUCGUUAUUAUUUGUCCACUCUUUGUUUGCCAGGGUUUAAUUCUAAGUAAAGCUUGAAAAGCUCAAAAAGAUGUGAAAGAUGAAAGUAGCCAAAUAGCAAUUGAAAACCUUUGUUCGGAGGUCAUAACAUUGAGAAACGAAGCUCUUGAAAAGUAUAAGAUCUUGCUCUCUUUGGUGGAGAGAUUAAAAUCUAGUGAAGCCAGGCUUUCUAGCAUUUCUGAAGUAGAGCAGAGGAUGCAGAAGGCUGAAGAGAGGCAAUUAAAAGAUGAGAAGCGCAUUGCAGACUUGAAGUAUGCGCUGUCCACACAAGUCGAAUUGCACAGAACUGAAGUGCAAGAAUUAGAAAAGAAACUUGACGAAAUGACUGAAAAUUUCAAUGUGGAGCUAACAAAACGUGAGAUAUCUGAUAUUGAACUAUUGAGGUUACAAAAAAAUGUUGAAGAGCUUCAUCAAGCUAAAGAGGAGUGCUACAAUGUUGCUACGGAAUGUGCUAAGAAUUUAAAGAAUAGGUUUGCUAAGGUUGGCACAUUCUCCUCAGAACAAAACUUUAUCCGUGGCGAUCCAAACAGGGACAUCCUGUGGAUUAGCGGCGAAGCCGAAUUUUUUGAGGAGAUUCUAAGCGGUAGAGGAGACUUCUGCGCUUUUGCCAGCGCUCGGGGAGCCGUAUCAGUCCUUGAGAAGGUUGGCUGCGAACAUGCCAAGGUUAUGGUUCAGUCAGGAUUCUCACUCUCAGCCAACGAUAUUAGAAACCCUUCAGCCGAAGCCGCUGCACUAAAUGGAAAAUUUUAUAACGAAGUUUGGCUAAAGGGUGGUCGAGAGAUAACUGAUGAAGCUAUCAGAAAGAACGAAAAAGAGUCUCAUGAUGCUUUGGGAGAAGCCAAAAAAACCGAAGAAGCUGCUAAACGUGCAAGGCUUAUAGCUGAACUCUCUCCCCCUCUGGAGCCAUACGACACUGAAGCUGGUCCAUCUCUGAAGGGGCACUUGAUGUAAUUAGGAUUGCUAAUGAAGCCGUUGAUGAAGCUAUCAACAGGCUACUGAACAAAGCUGCCGACAAAGUUUUAAAAGGGGAUGACUAGAGCUUAUCUAUUAAGACAUUAGAUUUUUUGUAUACAAUUUUGCUUUUGUAAGAAACACUUAUCAACCAUUUGUAUAUUUAAUGAUGUAAUAUAUUUCUUUGUGAGG